CAAUUGUUUCCUCAAAAUUCAUCACAUAUUCAAAUAUGACAACAAUAAUUAGCUGUCAGUUUUGGAGGAUAUUAUAAUCCGCUGCUAUAUCUAUAUUCCAUUGCCCCCUUCCCCGCCGUAAAGCGCCACUGCACUGCUACGGUGGCAGUUUCCUUCUACGGCACUACUCAUCUGAAAAUCAUUCACACGGCGGCUCAUAACCGCCUGCCUUGUAAUAUACAAGUGCAUCUAUCUAUACAUUAUUCACGUAUAUAUAUAUAUAUACGUGCAAUUGUUGAGCGGAAAGGUGUCGCAGGAUCGCCGGAGAUGGCGUCAGCGUGCGUGAACAAGAUCAGGAUGUCGCCGGAGAACUUUCUAUUAUGUCCUCUGUCCACCAAGUGCAACGCAUAUGGCCGCUUGCGGAGUCCGCGGACAUCGUUCAGCAGAGAGAUCGGCAAUGAUGAUACGCGGUCUCUCACUAAGGCCAGCUCCAAAGCUAAUAGUCAUUCAUCAGCACCGCCGGCACCUACAGAAGGAAGCUGCGGGGAUUAUAAUAACACUAGCAAUGAGGGAUCAGAUCUGGAUGUUCUCGGCGGCAAUGAUAUGGCGGAAUUUGAGUUCAGGAUUGAUGGCCAUCCUCAGGUUAUGCUUCCUGCCGAUGAACUCUUCUCCGGUGGAAAGAUGUUACAGCUUCAAACACCGACGAACUGUCAGGGAAAUGUCGCGUCGACGCCUGAACCGCCGUCUGCGGAAGUGGUUGGAUCGCCGCCGGAUACUCCUAAAAGGAAGACGAAAAACGGUAAUUCGAAGUCGCCGAGGCGUUGUUCAACAGCAUCAUCAGGUAAGUGGAAGGAGCUUUUAGGCUUUAAGAAGAUCUACCAGCACCAAAUCGGCAAUGUCAAGAGCAGGGACGAUUGUAUGAAAACGACGACGUCUUCCUCGUUUUCUUCUCCCUCAACGAACAAUAACGGCAUUCAGAAAUCUAUGAAGGAUUUCAUUCGGCGCAGUUCAUCAAAAUCUCUGAACUCAUUGUUAUCAUCGAUGAAUAAAGGCGAUGGUGAUAAUAAAUCGCUCCGCCUUCCUCUGCUGAAGGAUUCCAAUAAUGACAAUUGCGGCGGCGUAUCGAUUUCAUGCCAUCGCCUCUCCCUCUCGUCGUCGUCCUCUCCUUCUCCUAGGCACAGAAUCGAAGGCCUCUCUCGCCGCCUCUCUCUCGACUCCCAAAAGCCGGCCAGUCUCUCGCGCAAGACGGCCCAAACAGGCAGUAACCGCCGUAAGGCCCGAAUCGUCGUGCGCAGGGGAUUAUCUGCGAAGAAUGUUCCUUCCACCGCCGGAGUUGCGGCCAGAGUAGGGCGGAGAGCGCCAGGUAUCGCCGCGGCGAUUGGCGGAUUCUCGCCGGAUAGUCCUCGGAUGAACUCUUCGGGGAAGGUUAUCUUCCACGGGUUGGAGAGAAGCUCAAGUAGUCCGGCAGCAGGGACUUCCAUUGGUGAGGCCCGAUACAAGAGCAGGGGAAUGGCACGGUCUUAUUCAGGAAAUGUCCGGGUCGCUCCGAUUAUCAACGUCCCGGUUUGUUCAUCGCUAAGAGGCUCAUCUAAGGCUGGGUCUUUCGGGUUUCCCAUAUUUUGUUCUUCGCCCAAGAAAGAAGCCACCGCUGCUGGCUCUAAUGGCGGAAACGGAAUCGGGAAUCAUAAGAAUAUGUUGUUAGGGUAAAUUUUUUGUAGUUAGUCUAUACUCCCAAAUUAUAUACUAGAACCGGCGCACCAUGAAGAUGGUGUGCCCGGUCGUUUUUAAUUAAAACAGAAGGAUAAUCGAGUGCCGCACAAUCUCUCCACCGAUCAACACAAACUUGAACAGUAAUCAUACUCAUGCUCUGUACCCAGCCAUCUCUCCGCCGCCUGGAUUCACUUUGAUGACUCAAUUCAAGGGAGUUAGCAAACAAUCAGAAGGAAAACGUCAAUAACUUAUUGUCUGGAUUUGGCUAGAUUGUUGGAGUUAUAUACAAUUCAGAUUAAUAUAAAUUUCUCCAUUCAAAUUAAUCUAACAGGCUUUGAUCGAUAGAGUUAAUUGGUUUUUAUAUAGAAUGGAGUUGCAUCUUUGUAAAACCCUAAUUCACAUUUCAACAUUUUUAGAGUUACAUCUUAAUGUACGCGAGUUACAUCUUAAUGUACACGAGUUACAUUUUAAUGUACGCGAGUUACAUCUUUGUAAAAGAGUUUUCCAUUUCAAAAGCCUAAAGUUACAUA